CUCCCUGAUAUCUUUACAAAGAUAGCACGAGACUUAUACUAUGAUCUCGACAUGGCUAAUUCUUUGUCUCUUUGCAGACAUAUUUUACUUGGUAUCUUGCAACUGCAGCACUAAUUGCUCAGAAAUAGUAUGUGCCAAAGGUGAUGACCCGAUUUGCCAUGGUUCAAAAUGCGUUUGUAAACGACACACGGGGGUGUGUUUUAGUGACGCUGAAUGCGGAUACGGACAACAUUGUGAUCACCCAAUGUGUGACACCUCUUCCCACCAAUGUCAUUGCGGACAUCUACCUCGCCACCACCACCACUGCUCUUCGGACCCCGACUGUACAAGCUCAAGCAGCCAUUGUAGCUCGGGAGUUCACAGCCGGUGUUACCAUGGCUAUUGCUAUUGCUUAGAGAAAUUUUUGGUCGGAGAAUGUGGUCAUCACCACCACCAUCAUCAUGAAGAAUGUCCUCCUCAUUCUUGCCCCUCAUCUUACAGUAAUAUAUGUUCAAGUAACCAGCAGUGUGGCUGUAUUCGUGACUCUUUUGAGUGUUUGGAAGACUCUCAUUGUGCCCACCAUGGCUGCCAUGGCAACGGAAAACCUACUUGUGAAAAUAACGGAUGUGUCUGUAUUGAUAAGGUUUCAGUAACAUGCAAUGCCGGAUGGAUAAAAUUUGGGGAGAAUUGCUACCGCAAGCAUGGACACCAAGCAGAUUGGAUACACGCCAUGAAAGACUGUAAAGGAAAUGGUGCUGCUCUAGUAGAUAUCGGUUCCCACGAGGAGCAGUCAUUUGUUCAAAAAAUGGCUGGUGGAAAUGAUGUCUGGAUUGCUGGUUCGGAUUCAAGUGAAGAGGGCAAGUGGAGAUGGUUUGGCAGUGGUCAAACUUGGAGUUACACAAACUGGAACAAAGGACAACCUGAUAACUUUAAAGAUCAGGAGGAUUGCGCCGUUAUGACCUCUGGUGGACAUUGGAACGAUACAAACUGUAACGAACACAGAAACUACAUCUGUGAACAAACGACUGCUAAACAUCAGUGCACAUCUCCUUGGAUAGAAAGAAACGGAGCAUGCUAUAAGCUAUUUACAGACAAGGCCUUGUGGUCAGAUGCUUUAGAAACUUGUCAACUUCAUUCAGCAACCCUGGUUUACUUGGAAAAUUCACAAGAAAAUGAAUUUGUUCACGGUUUAACUGGAGGAAAAGAUAUAUGGAUUGGAGGAAAUGAUGGACAGAGAGACAGGACAUGGUCUUGGGUCGGCACCAAUUUGGUGUGGGGAUAUUCAAAGUGGGACUCAGGAGAGCCAGACAAUAGAUUAGAUGAAGACUGCAUCGCGAUGAUUGCGAACGGUACAUGGCAUGAUACAUUCUGCAAUACCAAAACUCAGCUUGAAUUUGUUUGUAAAAGGAAGCUUCCUCCUAUUAAUGGUGGAUGGUCACACUUCGGGCAUUAUGCAGCUUGCUCUGUUUCUUGCGGAGGAGGGGCAACCACAAGGUCAAGGACGUGUUCCAACCCAGCCCCUAAAUGGGGAGGCGACGACUGUUCUGGGUCAUCCACUCAAACUUCGUCUUGCAACACAAAUCCAUGCCCAGUUGACGGAUUGUGGUCCGCAUGGGGUGCAUGGGGACAUUGUAGUAAAACAUGUGGUGGAGGAACCCGAGAACGUCAUAGAACGUGCACAAACCCGGCCCCAAGUCACGGAGGGGCGAACUGUAUUGGAUCUCUUACAGUUACUGAAAGUUGCAAUACUCAGCAUUGUCCAAUUGCCGGUUCGUGGUCUGCCUGGGGUGCCUGGGGAAAAUGUUCCGUUACGUGUGGUAGAGGAACUCAUGAACGUCACAGAACGUGUUCAAACCCGGCCCCAAGCCACGGAGGAGCGGACUGUGUCGGGUCUACAACUCUUACACAACACUGCGAAAGCGUUCAUUGUCCAAUUGAUGGUUCCUGGUCCGCCUGGGGCGCUUGGGGACAUUGUUCUGUAACGUGUGGUGGAGGAACAAAGGAACGUCAUAGGACCUGUUCAAACCCGGUCCCAAGUCACGGAGGGGCCAAUUGUGUCGGGUCUAAUAAGAACUCGCAUCCCUGCAACGAUGCCUCUUGUCCAACUGCAGCACCAGGCGUACCAUGCCCAGUCUGCGACCAAUCCAUGAACUGUGUGUGGGGAAAUGAGUGUCCGGACGGUCAAACUUGCAUGAUUCGAUCCUACCCACAUUACAAAUUUACGGUCCAUUGCUCCAUUAAAGAUGACUGUCAUUUUAUCAAAGCAGUUACCACAUCGGGCGAGAUAUAUUGCUGUGAUGACAGGCAAUGUUUAAGAAAUAUUCUUGGUUUAUGAAUAAGGAAUAACUUAUAUGAAAUACAGCAAAAAUCUGGGAAAAAAAACCCAUAUUUCUGUCUAUUUUCACUGUAAAAAUGGUUGUAAAACCAAAAUUUAUUUCAAAAACGUUUUGCAAGUACAUGUAGCUUGAAAGUAUAUUUUUGCAGACGCUCAUUUAAGAAAUAAAAAAAAUCACUAAAAGGCAAAUUAAAA